AACGAAAUGUCAAACAAAAAAAAUUGACCGCUUGCAUCUGAUUACCAAAUUUAUAUACCUAUUUUCAUUAAUUUUUAUAUCAAAAUACUUUCCUAUUUAUUUUGAGUUUAAUAAAAACAACUUCGUUAUGAAUAAAUCUCUUCUUACCGGUUUAAUCCGACCGUUGUCAAUUCGUGGUUUUUCCUAUAAAACAGUCAAAAGACCCGACUUGUCAGCUAAACGAAAGCUUACAUCUCCACCCGAAGCCACAGACAAUGAUGGAAAAAGGGAUCAUCUUAAUUUAACUGCCCAAAUCAAACAAAGAAUCCUCACUGGAGGUCCAAUAACUAUGGCCGACUAUAUGAAAGAAGUCCUAACUAAUCCUUAUGCCGGUUAUUAUAUGACCCGAGAUGUUUUCGGUCAAGAAGGUGACUUCAUAACAUCGCCGGAAAUUUCGCAAAUUUUUGGCGAGCUUGUUUCAGUUUGGUGUUUAAGUGAAUGGCGAAAGGUUUCAUCUCCAUCACCUUUUCAAGUUGUUGAACUUGGACCUGGGAGGGGAACUUUAUCAAUAGAUGUACUUAAAACCUUAACCCACUUUAACCUAGGUGGACAAUUCUCAUUGCACUUGGUUGAGGUGAGUCCAUACCUUAGCAAGAUGCAAGCCUCGAGGUUAUGCUUUAAGCAAGAACUAGUUGAUGAUGGUCCUUGCUAUAUGAAAGGUGAAACUUUGAUGGGUACAAAAGUAUUUUGGUAUAAACGAUUUGAAGAUGUUCCGAGAGGGUUUUCUAUUGUUCUGGCUCAUGAGUUUUUUGAUGCUUUGCCAGUUCAUAAAUUCCAAAAAGAAAAUGGAAAAUGGAAAGAAAUUCUGAUUGAUGUUGAUACAAGUAAAGAGAAUGGAUUUCGGUAUAUUUUAUCAAAAUCUGAAACACCAAUGUCGAAGAUUUUCCAACCGGCAGAAGAUGAUAAGCGAGAUUGCUUGGAAUAUUCAGUAGAAACUGAUACACUUAUUGAAUCAAUGGCAGAGAGAAUAAAAACAGAUGGAGGAAUUAGUUUAAUAAUGGAUUAUGGACAUUUUGGAGAGAAAACUGAUACAUUUAGGGCGUUUAAGAAACAUAAGUUGCAUGAUCCAUUGAUUGAACCUGGAACUGCAGAUCUAACGGCUGACGUUGAUUUUAAAAGAAUAAAGUACAUAGCGGAAAAGAAUGAUGAAGCUAUUGCAAUAGGACCAGUGGAUCAAGGUACUUUUCUUAAGAGAAUGGAAGGAGAUGCUCGACUUGAGCAUCUUUUGGAAAACGCCCUACCCGAGAAUAAAUCCAACAUUAAAUCCGGCUACGAAAUGCUUACCGACCCCAAACAAAUGGGUUCUAGAUUUAAGUUUCUAUCGAUCUUUCCAGCUGUUCUUAAAGAUCAUCUAGAAAAAUUUCCCAUUUCAGGAUUUAAUUAG